AUGCCACCCAACAACCCUUUCGACCUCCUCAUCUGCUCUACCUGCGGCACACAAUUCUCAACUCCGACCCGGGAAAAACUCCCCUCAUGCAAGAUCUGCGACGACCCCAGACAAUACGUUCCCCCAACAGGACAAGCCUGGACAACCCUCACCGAACUGCGCAAUUCAAAAGACCCGUCCUACAAAAAUAUCUUCACACCGGAUCCCAUCCACGGUGACCGGCUGAUCGCCAUACACACGGAACCGAGAGUUGCGAUUGGGCAGCGGGCCUAUCUGUGGGAAGAAGAACCUGAAGGAAAAUCUACAUUCAAUGUCCUCUGGGACUGCAUCACAUAUAUAGACGACGAAACCGUGUCCGAGAUCAAGAGGCUUGGUGGGAUCGAUGCGAUAGUUAUUUCGCAUCCGCAUUAUUUUACGACGCACCUGGAUUGGGCGGAUAUAUUCAAGUGUCCGGUGUAUCUUUCUGCUGAGGAUGAGGAGUGGGCUGUUAGGAGGGGGGAGGCCCAGGUGCUUUUUGGGGAAAGCUCACUGUCUUUCUCUCCCGAAGGGGUCUAUGGUGGCGAUGAUGGGAGGGCGGAUAUUGUGGCUAUAAAAACGGGUGGUCAUUUCCCCGGCAGUACGGUGCUGUGGUGGAGGUCCUUGAAGACGCUGUUGAUUGCUGAUACGAUUGCGAUUGUGCCGAGUGCGAGGUACUGGGUUGAUCGUCCGCCUGGAACAGCAUCCUUUACGUUUAUGUGGUCGUAUCCUAAUAUGAUUCCGCUUCCUGCUGAUGAUGUACAUGGCAUUUGGAAGGCUAUCAAGCAUACGGAGUUUGAUAUCGCCCGGGGCGCUUUUAUCGGGAUGGAUACAGACACCGACAGCAAAAAGCGUCUUCUGGAUAGCGCUCAGAUUUUUGUCAAGGCAAUGGGAUAUUUGGAUCAUGAUAUUCAUCAGGAAGAAUGUUUUUGA